CCUAAACAGGAAGUUUAAACAGCACGCUUCAGUCUUUCCCCCACGUGACUGCGCGUUACAGCUGCUGUCGUCAGCGGACAACGUAAAUGCCGGACCACUGAGCAGCCAUGAUGGCAGCAAACAGGCUGAGCUUCAGUAACAUCACCGCCCUGGCUCCCAUGGUCCGGGUGGGGACUCUGCCCAUGAGGCUGCUGGCUCUGGACUAUGGAGCUGAUGUGGUUUACUGUGAGGAGCUGAUCGACAUUAAAAUGGCCCAGUGCCACCGGGUGGUGAACGAGGUGCUGGAGACGGUGGAUUUUGUCGCUCCGGAUGAUCGAGUGAUGUUCAGGACCUGCGAGAGGGAGAAGGACAGAGUCGUCUUCCAGAUGGGAACAGCUGAUCCAGACAGAGCGCUGACGGUGGCCCGGCUCGUGGAGAAAGACGUGGCGGCUGUGGAUGUGAAUAUGGGCUGUCCUAAAGAAUACUCCACUAAGGGCGGGAUGGGAGCUGCUCUUCUGUCGGACCCCGACAAGAUCGAGGCGAUCCUCAAGAAGCUGGUCACAGGAGUUUCCAUACCGGUGACGUGUAAAAUCCGAAUCCUGCCUUCGUUGGAGGAGACGAUCGGUCUGGUCCGGAGGAUCGAGAAGACCGGCGUCGCUGCGGUCGCUGUUCACGGCAGGUUGAAGGACGAGCGUCCCAGACACCCCGUCCACUGCGACUACAUCCGGGCCGUCGCUCGGGCCGUUUCCAUCCCCGUCAUCGCCAACGGGGGCUCUCUGGAUCUGGUGAAGACCAACGCCGACAUCGAGGAGUUCAGGAAGGCGACGGGCGCUUCGUCGGUCAUGUUGGCCCGCGCCGCCAUGUGGAACGCGUCGGUGUUCAGCAGCCGGGGUCCACUUCCUGUGGAGAGCGUGAUGGAGGAAUACCUCAAAUAC